AUGCACGAUUCCAAGCAUCUGAAGUACCGCCACCACCACCGCCACUGCGAUCCGCCUCAACAACCCCGCCGCCACGGGUCAACCUCACUCAGUCCCGACAACCCGGCCCUUCCAAACUCCCACGCCUCGUCCUCCUAUAAUAAAAAGGCUGAGAUAACUUCAUCUUUCUCCUCCGCUCCGAUCCAGAAGCCCACCCCACUCGCCCGCCGGAUUCUCUUCCCAGGUCGGGUCUCCCCCAUUUCUGACCGCCCCAUGACUACUCAAAGCCGAAAGCAAGCUCUUCCUAAAUCACCCUUAUCCCCUGCCACCAUUGACUCGGAAAUCACUGCCGCGGGGGGUAGUUUUGGGGUUUUUUACGCGAGGUUGAGUCUGAAGGGGAAGAACGGGGAAUCCUUGGUUCUGAAGCUUGCUUCGGAGGUUUUGACCGCCAAUAGCCUUGUGUUUCCCAACUUGGUUGCUGAUUAUUGCAAGAAUGUGAGCAGAUUGUGUAUGAUCCAAGUGUCGGAUGUGGAGAAUUUGGAUGUCUUUAGGGAAACGAUUGAACUCAUGUUCGAGGAGGAUAUUUCAAAGCAGCUCCUCAAGAUUGGGGUGUUUAGGGCUAUUGAUAUACUUGAGGUCUCGGCAGGGAUUAAGUUUUAUAGGUGUGUUUCUUUGUGUCUAAAUUGCAUCGAGGCAGUACCAUGGACAGAGGAAGAAGAGAAGAAGCUGAGGGACCUGUUUGAUCUGAUACCUCACGUGAAAAAAGAUGAUGUACUCGCCGCCUCCCAGUCGUGUAUUGGCCUGCUCGAAGAGGCCUUAUGUGUCGACACGUGUCAGAAGGACGUUAAUCGAAAAAAAGACGAUACACCCCUUCUGGAGCGGAUCUCGACGCAGGUCGACAACCUGAAUUGGCUUCUCGAAAUCCUGCUUGAGCGCCAGCUGGCGGAGGACUUUGUGGGACUGUGGGCUGACCAAGAAAAGCUGCUCGAGCUUCACAGGAAAGCGUCCCCAAUGGUGAGGUAUGAGGUCAGCCGGGUGUCAGCUAUUAUUUUUAUUGCCAUGAGUUGUAGAAGCUUGCACUACCGUUUGGAUGUGAGGUUGGGGUUUGUUCAGAAAUGGUUUGAGCCGAUGCUUUGUGAUUUCGGGUGGCUGAGGAGGUGCAAAAAGGCUUGGACAUGCGGGCUUGGAGGAGGGCAUGGGCCAGGCCGUGCUUACUUUGCCAUUGAAGGAGCAGUACGGGCUAUUUCUGGAAUGGUUCAGUCGUUUCUCAAGGCAUGGGAAUGA